CGCGUUGAAUUUUUUGGGAUUAAAAAGUAAAUGAAUUGUGUAAUUUUAAAACUUUAUUACGUUUAACAAUGAGGUCAAUUUAGUUAAAUAAAAGAAACGUUACGAUAAUGUUGAGAAAUGGUAUGGCAUUCAAUAUUUUAUCCAGAACUAUUUCUACAUCGCCAAUAUCUAAUCAAGUAAUUAAAUUAACACGAUUGAGGGUCGUGGAUAAUAGCGAUAUUGGAAAGCAAGCAAUGUUAGAAGGGAAACCGCCACGCUGUAUACAUGUUUAUAAUAGAAAAGGAGUUGGAUACAUUGGUGACAAAGUUAUGGUUGCAAUAAAGGGUGAGAAGAAGAAAGCUAUAUUAGUUGGCUUGAAACAGAAACAAAAUGUAAAGGUUCCUAAGUUUGACAGUAAUAAUAUAGUUCUCAUAGAUGAUAAUGGAACACCUUUAGGUACCAGAAUUCAGGUUCCAAUUCCUCAUAUUCUUAGAACAAUAAUGAGAGAAAAAACACACAGCAAAGGUGCUGAUUACACAAAAUUGCUAGCUAUUGCAACAAAAUUUGUAUAAUCGAUUUGUAUAAAUAGAAACCUACUUUCAUUUACAUAUGUGUAUACAUGGUUAAUUAAAUGUAUGAAAUAUGUUGUUUCAA